AAUAAAUAAUAAAAUUUUAGUGUGUGAUGAUCAGGAUUCAGGAAGUGGAAGAGGAAGAAUAUCGACCUUUUCUCUUCUCUUCUCUUCUCUUCUCUUCUCUCUCUUUCUCUUCUGGUUCCGCGUUGUCUGAGAGAGAUCAAUUCCGAGUCUGAAUUUAUUUUAUAUUUCUUAUUUUCGUGAUUCUUUCUUUUUUCUUUUCAGAAGCCGGUUAUAAACCACUAACUGCAAAGAAAAACAAAGGGGGAAAAAGGAGGGAAAGAAAGAGAGCAGAAUUCAGCAAGUAUUCAAUCCCACGGAAGGAAAGGAAAACGAUGUCUGAGAGAUUUGCAUCGUUUCAAUUCCUGCAACUCUAAGAGCUAGCGGCGGCAACAGGAGAAAGCGGUACUGGUGGGCCGAAGAAGAAAGAGAUGAUGAAGAAGAACACACUGAUAUGGGAGUAGCAACACCACAGCCAGCGCCUCUCUUGUUUCACUUGAAGAAUCACCUCCCAAUUCUAGUUUCCAAGACUGCAUCGGCCUCCCAAGACAAACCUAGUUGUGUAAAUUCUAUGUCCCAAAGCUUCCAUCAGGGGAUCUUUGGUUUCUCAAAUGGUUUCGACAGAUCGACGACGGCACAACAAGCGCAACACAUCGCCCAGCAAAGCCGGAGGGAUAAAUUAAGGGUGCAAGGGUUCGAACCACCUUCGCCUUUAGUGGGCAUAGAAGCGGAAGAGUCCGGGGGGCUGCCGGGUUAUGAGACGGGCGGGAUGUUGUCUGAGAUGUUCAAUUUCCAGCCGGAUACCCCCGUGGCUGCGGAGCUCCUAGAAAAUCAGAUCGCGUCCAAUUACCGACUGCCGCGACCACCGCCCACGGUGGCGGCAUCGGCAGCGAAUGAGUGGUACGGGAACAGACAAGGGAUAGUGAGCGGGUUGGGUCAUUGGGGAGAUGCAAAGCACCCAAACAAUAAUAACCGUGACAGUCAUGGAAUAGGUGCUCAGCAGCAUCAGAUUUCAAGCAUAAAUGCGGACUCAGCAGCUGCCAUGCAGCUUUUUCUUAUGAACCCACAACCAAGGUCACCUUCUCCACCUUCUCCUCCUCCUCCUCCCCCAUCGUCGUCUACUCCCCUUCAUAUGCUGCUUCCAAAUCCAACUACUACAAGUACAAGCCAUCUACAAGGAUUUCACUCUUCGGGUUCCGGGGCUGCACCUGCAGCCGGAGUGGGCUUGGGUAGUAGCGCAAUACAUCCAGCUCAAUUCACGUGGGUCCCAGGUAGCGGGGGAGGCGAUAACACGGGCAAAAUUGGGGGUAUUGUGGAGAGUCAAGGGCUAUCGUUGUCGUUGGCGUCGUCGUUGCAGCACUUGGAAGCGGCCAAGGCCGAGGAAUUGAGGAUGGGUGAUGGUGGGAUGUUCUAUUACAGUAGUCAUGGGGGAGGCGCUUCUUCGGCUGGUUCAUACCCAUGGAAGAAUUUGGGGAGUCAUCACCAACCGUUGCAUUUACAAGGAGUGGGACAGAACCACCAGGUCCAUGUUGGGUUCGGAUCGUCCUUAGCGGCAGUGAAUGUCUUGAGGCAUUCCAAGUAUGCCAAGGCUGCUCAAGAAUUGUUGGAAGAGUUUUGCAGUGUCGGGAGGGGACAAUUCAAGAAUAACAGGCUUGGAAAGCAUCAUGGAACCAGCGCUAACCCUAAUCACAGUAACAGUGCAGCUGGUGGUGGGUCUCCAUCUUCUUCCAAGGAGCAACUUCCCUUAUCAGCUACCGAUAGGAUUGAUUACCAGAGGAGGAAGGUCAAGCUGAUGUCCAUGCUUGAUGAGGUUGAUAGAAGAUACAACCAUUACUGCGAGCAAAUGCAAAUGGUCGUAAACUCCUUUGACUCAGUUAUGGGUUUUGGGGCGGCAACUCCUUACACAGCGCUUGCCCAGAAAGCAAUGUCGCGUCAUUUCCGAUGUUUAAAGGAUGCAAUAGCAGCACAAUUGAAGCACAUUUGUGAGCUACUGGGAGAGAAGGAAGCGGGGGCUUCAGGAAUAACGAAAGGAGAGACUCCAAGACUUCGGUUGCUUGAACAAAGCCUCAGACAGCAAAGAGCCUUUCACCAGAUGGGGAUGAUGGAGCAAGAAGCUUGGAGGCCUCAGAGGGGCUUGCCUGAACGCUCCGUCAACAUUUUGAGAUCUUGGCUUUUUGAGCAUUUUCUUCACCCGUACCCAAGUGAUGCAGAUAAGCAUUUGUUGGCGCGGCAGACUGGUUUAUCGAGAAAUCAGGUUUCGAACUGGUUCAUUAAUGCCAGGGUUCGAUUGUGGAAACCCAUGGUGGAAGAGAUGUACCAACAAGAGGCCAAGGAAGAAGCAGAGGAUAGAGAUAAAGAAAGAAGCCAACAAGGCCAAAGUAGCGGCUCUGCACAAACACCAACGCCUACAACAGCAACAGCAGCAGCAGGUGCAGCAGCAGCUGCUGCAAUAGCAACAACAACAUCAUCCCCAACAGCUACAACAGCAGGCAAAAGAUCCGAAAUCAAUGCCAUCGACAACGACCCCUCACUCAACGCAAUCAAUAGACAAUGCUUCUCGGAAAACCAAGCAAGCCAAUCCACCCAAACCAUGGCCACCACCAUCACCUCACACAACGAUAUGUCACCUCUCGUACCCCAACGUUUUCCGGCGACCCAUGAACCCAAUACGCAUCACCGGUUGGCUGUUGAUGACACGCGUCGAUACAAUGGUGGCAUCAUUUCUGCGGACUACGGGACCACCACUGCCAAUACCAAAUUAGGGGCCACACUUGUAAGGUUUGGGACCACCUCCGGCGACGUAUCCCUCACACUGGGGCUUCAACACGCCGGAAACCUGCCAGAAAAGAGCCGGUUUUCCGUUAGAGACUUCGGGGGAUGUUGAGAUUUGAGGUUCCCAUUCCUCACCCUCUCUGUCUCUCUUCUUUGUGUUUUUUUUUUUUUUCCUAUUCUGAUUUUUCUCGUUGAGAAUAUAUAUAUAUAUAUAUAUAUAUGCAUGAGAAGCGUAGCGUGAAAUUAGCUAGCUAGUUGUCCAAGAUUAGUCUUAAACUUAAUUGUAUAGUAGAUUGUUUUGCGUUUGCCUCAUUUUCUUUCUUUUGUAAAUUCAAGGUUUUGUACCUUAUUACUCCUACCUUGUUAGAAAACUUGAUAUUUAAAAAGGAAGGAAAAGGGAGCAAUAACACGAAUAUGAUUUAAUUG